UACCACUACACGCCCUCCCUCGUCAUUUUGUGCAGGCAAUAAUCCGGGCUGCCGCUGGUCCUUCUUCCUCUUUUACGUCCCUGAGCGAGGCCGGCGUCAAAAUGAACGACACAGUAACAGUCAGGACCCGCAAGUUUAUGACGAACCGACUGCUUCAGAGGAAGCAGAUGGUUGUUGAUGUCCUCCAUCCUGGCAAGGCCACAGUCCCAAAGACUGAAAUCAGGGAGAAGCUUGCCAAGAUGUACAAGACCACCCCCGAUGUUGUAUUUGUCUUUGGCUUCAGGACUCAGUUCGGCGGUGGCAAGACAACAGGCUUUGCUAUGGUCUACGACUCUUUAGACUAUGCCAAGAAGAAUGAGCCCAAACACAGACUUGCCAGGCAUGGUCUGUAUGAGAAAAAGAAGACCUCAAGGAAACAGCGCAAGGAACGCAAGAACAGAAUGAAGAAAGUACGAGGCAUCAAGAAGGCCAGUGUUGGAGCUGCUGGCAAAAAGAAGGUAAAUGUAGUCCAUAAGAGGAUUAACUGCAUUGUGUUGAUCAUCCUGGAAUCCUAGACGGCAGCUAACUCCUGCCUCUGUACCCCGGCCUAACAGAGAAGCCAUAACACUUUUCCUAUUUGGAUGUAUUUUCUGCAUCCAAUGUUAAAUGAUCUAAGCCUUGGAUUAUUACUGAGCUGUCUGCCCCCUCCUCCUAGUACUAAUCAGUAAAACUAAUGUGGUAGAAGUUUAUUUUUUGGAAAAGUGAUGGUGG